AUGAAGGACCGCCUUGAGGAGCUGCGGCAGCAGGCGAAGUCAAACAAGCAGCUGGAAGACAACAAUUCCUUUAACCAGUACGAUGAUGAUGAUGAUGAUGAUGAGGACUUCACCUCUGAAGGUAUGCAGGCAGUGGUGUUUGAAGCAGAGCCUGUCCUGGACAAUUUCUUGGAAGAGGCCCAGCGCAUCCGCGACAGCAUCGAUGAACUGGACGUCGAGGUGAAGAAGUUCAGCCAGCAGCAGAGGAACCUGGUGACCACCAUGCGACGCCUCAGCAUCAUGAAGAAAGAGAGCAGCAUCACGCGUGACAUCAAACUUCAGGCUGAGAGCCUGCACAAACGGCUGGACGCGCUCUCCAAGAAGGCUAAGAGUGCCGAGACUGAGCUGGGCCCUAACUCCGCCACUGCCCGAAUCGAGCUUGCCCAACACGCGGUCCUCUUUCGUCUGUUCCAGCAGGUCAUGCGACAGUACAACGACACGCUCCUCAGCAAACAGAACAAGUGCAAGCAGUUCAUCAUUCGUCAGCUGGUCGUCUUUGGACAUCGCGAGGUGUCCGAAGAGGAGGUGGACAACAUGAUGGAGCAAGGCAAGUGGGACGUCUUCAACGAAAACAUCUUGACGGACGCGAGGAUCACUCGCCAGCAGCUGUCCGAAAUCGAACAACGCCACAAAGAGCUGCUGAACCUGGAGAGCAACAUGAAGGAUUUGAGGGACCUGUUCCUGGAUGUGUUCAUGCUUGUGGAGGAGCAAGGGGAGUACAUUGACAGCAUCCAGGCUAACGUGGAGAGGACACAGGACUUUGUUCAGGCGUCAAAUGAGAAGUUCAAAAUGGCCAGCAGAUACAAAAAGAAGAAUCCUUUAAAGAGACUGUGCUGCUGUUGCUGCCCUUGGAGGUGCCGAUAG